AUGGAUCAGCAACUGGAAUCAAGCAAUGCAAGAGUUUACAAUCUCCGACUUUUUGAUCUUGUACUGGAUAGCGAGAAAGGCACCAGACCGAAAGUUCGGUCAAAACAUAAGAAUCUCAUUUCGAUGGCAAUCGAUCUCGUGAAUGGAAUUAAUCGGAAUGGUAGAAACAAGGAGCUUAAUUUCCGAUUUUUGAGUCCUCGAAUAAUGCCUUUGAUGCCUGAUAAGAUGCAAUCCCAGAAAGGUAUUUUGUCCCCUUCCAUCAUGUCAUUUUACAAGGAUGACAGUCCGGACAGUAUCAUCUCCCUUCCUAAGUUACUAGAAAAAAGUGGUAUGACGGAAAAAGAGCGGCAAGCAGUGCUAGAGAUGAUAAUGGAUGUUUCAGGAGCGCGUGUUGCUAUCGGAAUGGCUCUUGAUAUCCUCAGCGAAAGAAACGUUUUCGAUCUGGACGACAUGAUCUUUGAGACAACGAAGCAAAUUAAUGAAGCAUUCAAAGAUCUGGAAAAAUCCUUCAGUAUCGAACAAAGGAAUGAUAUGGAAAGCAAAGGAUUCACAUUCUUGCAAGCAACACAACUUAAAAAAAUACUUCAUCAGCAAGGUGUGAAGAAGUUGAAAGAUGUGAAUUUCGAUUUGGAGAAGUAUGAAAAACUUAAUAGAAAGGAGCAGGAAGAAGUACUAUGGGAGAAUAUCAAACGAAUUGCAGAGAAUGAAACUCAGGUUGUCAUUAUGAGUAUUUUUCCUGUAUAUCAUUGCAUGUAA